GUUAUGUUCUACUACAGGACUGUUUGUUGUAGCAUGACAGAAGAAAACCAUCCGAGCAGCUAACCUCCAAGAGCACAGGCAGAGUCAGAAGAAAAUGCAUACACUUCGGAGCCUCUCUGUUGCCAAAUUGGCUAAAAUUUCCAGCAGAUUGUUUUCAAGACAAAAGAGCUCAGGAGGAAGACCUUCAUCCCCACUGGGUUCACGGAUUCUGACAAGUCCUGAUGACAUCUUUAAGCACAACAUGUGGGAUCAUGUGCAAUGGACAGAAGAGGAUAAAGAAAACGCACGGCAGAAGGCAAAAGAAAAUUCCUGUACACAAAUUCCUUUAGAGGAACAAGGAACAUUUGAUACCGAGGCUUGCCAAUACUGGGACAAGUUUUACACGAUGCACCAGGAUAAGUUCUUUAAAGAUCGCAAGUGGCUGUUUUCAGAGUUCCCAGAACUGCUUCCUUCAGGGGAUCAUCCAGAGUUAUACCCACAACCUGCUGGAGCCAGCACAGACACAGAGACCAGACACCGGCAACACAACGGGCCCAAAAACCAUGACAGAAAUACAGACGUCCCCAAUCAUCAAACAGACUCCUGUCAAGAAGCAGCACUAGAAAAAAAAACAGCUGCCAUACAGUCUAACACAUUCCCUGGCCAGCACGCAUCACACAGGAUCUUGGAGGUUGGAUGUGGGGUGGGCAACAGUGUGUUUCCCAUCGUUAAUUCCAUAAAAGGGACAGACAUAUUUUUAUACUGUUGUGACUUCUCCAAAUCUGCCAUUCAGCUGGUCAAGGACCAUCCAAACUAUGAUGACUCUGUGUGUCAUGCUUUUGUCCAUGACAUUUGUGAGGAGUCCACCUCCUUCCCCUUCCCUCCUCAGAGCCUGGAUGUUAUUCUCGCUGUCUUUGUCCUCUCCUCGAUUCAUCCAGAGAGAUUGCAUGGAAUUGUGAACCAUCUAUCUACAUACCUGAAACAUGGAGGGAUAUUUCUCUUCCGUGAUUAUGGGAGAUACGACUUCUCACAACUCAGGUUUAAGAAGGGACGGUGCUUAUCAGAGAAUUUCUACACACGUGGAGAUGGAACCUGUGUCUACUUUUUUACUAAAGAAGAAGUUCAUGAACUAUUUUCCAAUGCUGGAUUGGAAGAAAUUCAGAACCUGGAGGACAGACGACUUCAAGUGAACAGAGGAAAGAAAGUAGCAAUGCACCGGGUUUGGAUGCAGAGCAAGUACAGGAAAUUAUAUCCACCUCCACCAUCUUGACACCCAACCCAGCACAGCAAUGUUUGGAGCUAAAGACCUUUUUUUAUACUUUGCAUCUCAUUCAUUCCACCCUUAGGAAACAGUUUUAACCAAAUGAGUAUAUGUACUAUAACGAAACAGUUUGCAAUAAACAUACAAAACAAAGAAGAAAGAUGUGGUGUUAUCUGGUAUUAUGUGCCGUAGAUCAUUGUAUUAAUGUCCAUUGAAAGAUUAUGCAUAAGCCUAUAAUGAAUUUAUUGAGUGAACUUAGGGUUAGGUCCACAAGGGGAAAUACAGUUGACACUUUAAAAUGGGAAACUGACUGACCUAUAUGAAUCUGAUACAAUCAAUGUUUUCUUAUUUUCAUCCCUAAAUUGUGCUUAAUGUGAUAGUUGUGCAUGAUACAAAUACUCAUGACAUGUCAAAAUCCUGUUAUAAAUCAAACUUUUUACUUAUUAUAUUACUUUAAAAAAAUUCUGCAUCACCUUGAAAAUAUGUGUCUGGCCCAACUCUUUACAUUUCAAAUAGUUACAUUGUUUAUACAUAUCUUUUAAAUAACAAUUGUAUCAUCCAUGUUCUAUUUCUAUAUGUAUGUGUCUUGCCUAUUUACUAUUACACCAGAUUCCUUCAAUAUGAAAACCUACUCAGCAUAAAGUAAAGUAAAAAUGAUGAGAUGCAUCAAACUUCUGACAUAACAUAACUUAUAUUUUCCACUUGUUUUCCUGGCUGAAAUGGGCAACCACGAAAUGAUGGUAUGGUCCAAGAGCUAUUUAAGAUAUUUAAAGAAAAAUGACAGAUAUUUAUUUAACAUGUUAAACAUCAUCAUUUCCAGGGUUUUUUCAUCAGUCCACAACCCGUACACUAAAUGUGGCUGACAAUAGUUACUGUGUACAGUGAAUAAAAUGAAAAAGUAA